AUAAUAAAUAAAACUAAAAAGAUAAGCUAAGAAAAAACUUUGAGGUUGAUGGGUUCUUUUUGUACAAGAACCUCCCAAAGAUGCUUUUCAUGAGUCCAAUGUGAAACAACUUCUUCCCUUUACUCUGCAACUUACCUCAAAACCCCAUUUUCUGCAUACUCUUCUUUUCAACCUUGUAAGUAUCACAACAAUAAUUUCUUCUUUCAUUUGUGCUUCUUUAAACAAACUUUUGGAUUUUAGUGUAUUUGUUGGAUUUUCUUGGAUUUGUAUCUUUUUUGGAACUUUGUGAUGCCGGAAAAAGUAGUUAUUUCAUCACCAACAACUCAAUGGUCGAUUCCAAUACUUCAAUGGCGAGUUGGGUUACUCACUGUUUUUGUUUUAUUUGGAAUGUUCAUUGUUUGGAGCAUUGAUGGUUGCACUGUUAAGAAUGUUUUUCAAGCUUUAAGGUAUCGUCGUUCACACUAUCUUCCUCAUUCUUCACCUAAUUUUACACUUUCAAAUCAAAAACUGUUUCCUAUUAGUUUAGAUCAAAACCAACCCAAUAAAACCCAUGUUUCUGUUAAUGUUACUUUAGCUGAGAAACUUGGUAAAAACUCAAAAAGUUUUGAUCUUGUUAAUGGGGUUGGAACUUGGGUUUCAACUGAAUUAGAGGCUAAUUUGACUUCAAAUCUUUUAGCUAGAUGGUUAGCUAGGGGUGGUGAACCUUGUAAAGAUUCUAAGACUGUUGAGAUUUCGAUACCUGGUUUGGAUUUUGAUGGUGGGAAUUUGGUAGAUUUGUCAGCUGGAGAUGUGCAUGAGUUUGUUUUUCAAGCAUUGGAUGAUUCGGGUAAGGCUCGUUGUUUAGGUGGUGAUUACUUUGAGACUGAUCUUUCGGGGGAAUCGUGGAAAUCUAGGCCUUUGGUGAAGGAUUUUAAUAAUGGAUCUUACUCAAUUUCGUUGCAAGUUCAUCCUGAUUUUGUUGGGGUUUAUAAUCUUACUAUGUUCUUGCUUUAUAGACAUUUUGAAGGUUUGAAGUUUACACCGUGGAGAUUUGUUUUUGAUCGAAUGGUUCGUAGUAUUGCUAUUAGAUUCUAUAAGAGUGAUGUUUUGAUGCCGGAACUGCAGACUUGUAAGGCUGCUGAUUUUGAAAGGGAUGUUUGGGUUGGAAGGUGGACAAGGCAUGGUAAGAAUGAUGACUGCUUUGUUGGCAAUGAUGGUAGGUACCGAUGCUUAGCAUCGGAUUUUCCUUGUAAAGCUCCUUGGUGUGAUGGUUCUUUGGGAGUUUUGGAGAGUAAUGGUUGGGUGUACUCGACGCAUUGCUCAUUCAAGAUGUAUUCGGCUGAGUCUGCUUGGAAUUGUUUGAAGAAUCGAUGGAUUUUCUUUUGGGGCGAUUCAAAUCAUGUUGACACGAUACGUAAUAUGCUCAAUUUUAUUUUGGACUUGCCUGAGGUACAUUCUGUCCCGAGACGAUUUGACAUGAACUUUUCAAAUCCAAAAGACCCGUCUCAAACCGUUAGGUUUACAAGCAUUUUCAAUGGUCAUUGGAAUGAAACACAAAACUAUCUAGGAUUGGAUUCUCUGAGAAAUGAAGGGUUUCGAAAUUUGUUGAAGAAAUACUUCUCAGAAGAUACAAUCCCGGACACUGUGAUCAUGAACUCCGGCUUGCAUGAUGGUGUCCACUUUCGUAAUAUAAGGGCAUUCACUGUUGGAGCCGAGUACGCAGCAUCUUUUUGGGAAGAUGUUAUGAAGACAGUGAAGCAAAGGGGAUUGACAUUGCCAAAAGUCUUUUACCGAAACACGGUUGCAACCGGUGGAUACGCAAGAUCACUAGCAUUUAAUCCCAACAAGAUGGAGGUGUUCAAUGGUGUUUUCUUAGAGAAAUUGAAGCAAGCGGGCGUUGUAUCAGGUGUGAUUGAUAACUUUGAUAUGACAUUUCCGUGGCAUUAUGAUAACCGGUGUAACGAUGGAGUUCAUUAUGGAAGGGCUCCGGCAAAGAUGAAGUGGAGAGAUGGUCAAAUUGGUCAUCAAUAUUUUGUGGACCUCAUGUUAGCUCAUGUCCUUCUCAAUGCACUGUGUGCAAGAUAAGCUUCUGUUAGAAGAGAUUAUUUGAACUUGAAGAUUAUUAAGGUAGAUUCCACUUGGUUACACUUUUGCAUUUUUUCGGAAAUAUUAGAUUUGGUAUUCUUUGUUGCUCAUAUAUUCUUGUCCACUUGUAGAUUAAUACAACAGAGGAUUUUAACUCCUCAAAACACAUUUUACUACUAUCAUAUUAUACUAUAGUUCAAAGGCCAUUAUAUUCUUUGUUUCAAACACCAAUGGACUUAAAAUAUUACUACCUCAAUUCUAUAUUUCAUAUUGAGACCGAUGUAGUAGAAUUCAUGCAAUAAGUUGUACCCAUGUGGAGUAUGUAAUCUAUAAUCAUGUGGUCAGUUUUGAAUGAAUUGUUUUGUGGCUUU